GAAAUAAGCCAUCUUUUUUUAAGUGAAAAUUUGUAAUCUUACGUAUGUUUAAUGUAGUUUUUCCUCUUUUUUUUGAUGAAAUGUGAAAUUUAUUGAUCAAAAUAGAAAGAAUAGAGCUUUACAAGCUAUAGGAGAAAACUAUAGAAAAGGAUAUACAAAUCUAAAAAGAAUUAUCAAAAAAACUUAGGCUGUAACUUCAAACCAACGUCGCAUUAAACCUUCGAGCUUAUGGCCAGCCUUGUAUCGGAGCGAAGUAAUCCUGUUCCGUACUGUGUUUAUCAAUGAUCCUGAUCAGUUGAUCUACUGUCCGAAAACCAGUGUGAUGCCUCCUCCCAUUUCUUUCCUUCCACAAGUGAUAGACGCAUGUCUGGAACGCCAUUUUGAGCAAAAUCAUGUCCAAGAGCUGAAGUGAGUUGCCGCUGACAUACUGAAGCGUGGCCAUCCAGUCUGGAUCAGUCAUAUCUUCACUCAACCGGUUUACUAGCUUGUCCCACACUGUGAAAGAAUAAGGACAAGCGAAGAAAAGAUGAUCACGGGUCUCAUCCCUCUCGCCACAUAAUACACAACCGGUUUUUCCUUUUUUUAUGUUGUAUGUUUACAUAUUAUUUAUAAUUUUCAAAAAUUAGUAAUAUUAAAAUGUAAACUAUAUUUUAUGCCACGUGUCAUUUUUCGGGAGAAGCUUUUUUCGAAAUUAUAUAUAAUGUUUUUUGUUUUUUUUUAUAAAACGGUAAUGUUACAUUAUGGAAAUAAACCGUCUUUUUUAAGUGAAAAAUGGUAAUCUUACAUAUGUUUAAUGUAGUUUUUCUAUUUUUUAUGUUGUAUAAUUACAUAUUAUUUAUAAUUUUCAAAAAUUUGUAAUAUUAAAAUCUAAACUAUAUUUCAUGUCACGUGUCACUUUUGAGAGAAACUUUUUUGCUGAUGUGGACGCUCUAUGGAACCUCAAAAGUUUCCUUUUAUUGGUAUAGAUUUUGGUUAAUCCCAUUAGCUAAUCAAACAAUAGUUAAUGUUAAUGUUUAAUGACAUGACACUCCCAAACUCAUUGAUUCGUUAAUUUCGUUAGAUAAUUUUGUUAAUCUCAUUAACCAAUCAAACAAUUCGUUAAUUUCGUUAGUUAAUUUCGUUAUGUUUAACCUUUUUGGUAAACACAUAUACUUCUCUUACAGUAUCUCCAACUAACAUACUAUUAUAGUGUUAAGACUACACUAGUUUAGUGUGAUUUCAACACUAAAUUUUUUUUCAUCUCUAACCUAACUCCAAAACACUAUUUUAGUGAGAUUUUCACACUAAACUUCUCUAACCCAACAUUAAAAAUUACACUAUUUUAGUGCAACACUAUAAUUUCACACCAACAACACCAAAAUAGUGUAAAAGUUACAAUAAAAUAGUGUUUUCGAAUUGGAUUGGAAAUGACCUUAUGUGUUUAUUUCUAUUUUACUUAAAAUAUUAUAUAGAACCCAAUGGUGGAGCCACAUUGUGUGAGAGGGGGAAAUCUGCCCCCAACAACUUUUCAAAAUUUCAUAUAAAAUCAUUGAAUAAGUUCAAUAUGCCCCCAUUGUUUUUAGAAAAUGUACUUCUAAUCCAUUGCCAAUUUUACAUAUGCCCCCAAUAAAAUGAUGCUCUCCAUCCGCCACUGAUGGAGCCCCAAAUUAUAUGUGAGAUAUAUAAUUCAUUCUAUACAAUUUUUAGAAUGUCCUAUGGCACUUGAUCUAGCUUAAAUGGAUAGACGACAAAAAAAAAAAAAAUGUCCUAUGGUGUAGAACAUCAUGUAUUUAGUAUUUCAUUUAUUUUAAAAUAUUACAUAUUUUAGAUUUUUCAUACAUUUUAAUAAAAUAUAUAUAAUUUACAUAAUUUUUUGUAAUUAUUUUUUCCAUAAUUUUAAGCCAAUAAAAAUUCAAUAAGUACAAUUAAGUUUUUUGAAGUUUACAUUUAGUUAAUAAACUAUGCAUUGAAAAUGUAACAAAUUGAUCUUUUUGAAACAAAAAUUUUCUCUAUGUAAUUUUACGAAAUGGAGGGAGUAGUAUAAAGCAAUGUUAAACAAUCAAUGUUAUUUCUGCAGAAUUCGAAUUUAGUUUUUAAAACACAUAUAAACCUAUAACAAAGGUGUAAGACAUUUAUUCCAUAAACUGUCACACUACACCUUUAAGAAUUAAGAUACCUUGGAAAUUUUGAGUUUAUUAAAUUUGAUUAUCACGCACACCAAUAUCUUUAAUUCCUUUGUACAAGUGGAACAGUAAUCAUGGUUUUCCACCUUUUAUCCAAAAUUAAUUUACAGUUUUACGUACACUACAGAGUUUAUCUUUUUUUUUGGCGCACCUACAGAAUUGAUCUGAACUAUCAAAAUAGCAAUGAUUCGAUUAGGAGACCCAACCGAAGUUUAAAAAAUAAAUAAAUAAACGCUAGCUAACCCAACCGAAGUUAGUGAGAGCGUAAAUAACAUCUGAUGAUGCCGAAAUGUAAUGUCGAUCGUUAUUCUUAAUAACGAAUUUAAAUAAUGAUUAUCAUUAGUUAAGAAUAUGAACAUGAGACAUGAGGCGGUUACAGCAGUUAUGAGAGCUUGGUUAAGAGUUACGGCGUUAGAAUUGAGCGAUUAAACGGUGAACAGUAAAAGUAGAGACACCGACGGUGAAAAUUGUGAAAACGUUGAUUUAAUAGUUUAAAUAAUGAGUAUUUGAAAAGAUAAAAAAAGUAGCAAACUUCACUGCUGGUUAAGUAGCGGCGUUUAUAUACUAACGGCAAGGUUAACGUUUCAUAUUUGCGUAUAUAUAUAACGGAGACGGUUACCUUGGAGCUUGUGCACUAAUCUUCCACUCCUCUCUCUCUCCUCUCGCUACUUUUAUUUUCCGAGAAAAAUCCCUACAGAGAAGAAAGAAGCUUCUCUAAUGGCGUCGCCUUCUCAGAAACUGACCUCUGUUUGCUUGGCCGUCAUCGUCCUCUUAGCUCUCACCGCAACGAUUUUCCGGAAGCUUGAAAUCCCUAGCUCCAGGAAGCUGAAAACAGAGGAGCUGCGGAGCGCAAAGAACAACUCGACAAUGGCUGCGAAAAGGGUUAAAGGUGUGGAGUUGAAUGAACAACACGCGGUUAGUGAUCCAGAUAGGGUCGCUGAUGAAGUCGCUUCGCUUGUUCAGAUGAGUGAACAUAACAAGACAGCAAGGAGGAAGCUAGGAUUCUUCUCUUGUGGAACCGGUAAUCCAAUCGAUGACUGCUGGCGUUGUGACCCUAACUGGCAUAAGAACCGUAAGCGACUCGCCGAUUGUGGGAUUGGUUUUGGACGCAACGCAAUUGGUGGUCGUGAUGGACGCUUCUACAUUGUCACUGACCCCACUGAUGAUGACGUUAUUAACCCCAAACCAGGAACUCUACGCCACGCUGUUAUCCAGGAGGAGCCUCUGUGGAUCGUGUUCAAGAGAGACAUGGUGAUUGAGCUGAAGCAGGAGCUGAUUAUGAACAGUUUCAAGACCAUUGAUGCUCGUGGCUCCAAUGUCCAUAUAGCCAAUGGUGCUUGCAUCACUAUCCAGUUUAUCACCAAUGUUAUCAUUCAUGGUCUUCACAUUCAUGACUGCAAACCUACUGGAAACGCAAUGGUUAGAAGCUCCCCAUCUCAUUUUGGUUGGAGGACAAUGGCUGAUGGCGAUGCAGUCUCUAUCUUUGGAUCCUCUCAUAUCUGGAUUGAUCAUAACUCUCUCUCUCACUGUGCUGAUGGCCUUGUUGACGCUGUCAUGGGUUCCACUGCUAUUACCGUAUCCAAUAACCACUUUACACACCACAAUGAGGUGAUGUUGCUAGGCCACAGUGAUUCGUACACAAAAGACAAGCUGAUGCAAGUGACCAUUGCUUACAACCAUUUUGGAAAAGGACUGGUUCAGAGAAUGCCAAGGUGCAGACAUGGGUAUUUCCAUGUGGUUAACAACGACUACACACACUGGGAGAUGUAUGCCAUUGGUGGGAGUGCAGAGCCAACCAUCAACAGUCAAGGAAACAGAUAUGCUGCUCCUAUGGAUCGUUUCGCCAAGGAGGUAACGAAAAGAGUAGGGACGGAUGCAAGUGACUGGAAGAAGUGGAACUGGAGGUCGGAAGGAGAUCUUCUACUGAAUGGAGCAUUCUUCAGGGCAUCAGGAGCAGGAACUUCAGCUAGCUAUGGACGAGCCUCAAGCUUAGCAGCUAAACCAUCAUCAAUGGUCCGUACUAUAACCUCUACUGCAGGAGCACUAGGUUGCCGCAAAGGCAGGCCUUGCUAGUUCCCUCUGUCUCUCAGUACCACCAUAGUCCCAUAAUUCUGGAAAGUGAAUACAAACAUAGUAGUAGUAGCGCUCUUCUUCUUUCUCGUUUCGUUUUGGGUCAGGUCAUAUCCCACUUUGUUUUCUUCCUGGUGGUAGAAAUUUGUCAACCUCGGCUUGCUUCUUCUUCUUCUACAAAAGGUUGGGAAUACAAAGAGGAGCAAGCACAGAAGCGUUGUUCAAAAGGUUUCUUUCCUUUUUAGACUACAUGUCUCUUAUGGGUUUUGGUUUUGGAGUUGUUAAGGUCCCUGUGGUUUUAAUGGAUCUCACUCCCUUGAGUUCUAGAGUCUUUUUGGGGUUUCUCUUUCAAGUUAGUGAUCAUACUAAAGCAAAAUUUGUAACAAAAGACGAUUAAAAGGCUUUUCUUGAUUUGAUUGCAGUGUCCUUGGUCGUUUACGUUUAUUGGUUUGUGUUGCUCUGCAUGAUUGUUUCAUUUAAUUGGAUGUGUUAUAAUUGAUUUUGAUUUUUACCACCCCCAACUUCUAAAGCAAAACACUUGUUAAAUAUUCAAAUAUAUAGGGAAUGAAUCCACAAAAUAGUUGAAGGUGGGUAAAUAAAAAGAAGUUACAAUAACGUAUGAUGUGAUACCAAACCCAUAGACAGUUCUUUCUUUUUCCUCUCUUAGAGUUGAGAGGUUAAUUGGUUCUGUUCCUUGCUCUGCACGUUACAAGUUGAGAAUUUAUGCUCUUUUCAGAUCCAUUUUCUAACCUCUUCCACCACGAGACUAGUUGUUUUCUCAUAAAUACAUUGUUGUAACUCAUGUGAAACAGCUAAUUUAAUUUGCCAUCCUUCUAAUAUUCUGAGAUUCAUUCAAGUCUCACAGUCUAAGAAUUUUUUGAUGAACCACAUGAACGAUAUUACCGAACAAGGCCGUAUUAUCCUUGGUUUCCUUUUUCACUAAGAUUAACUGAUAUCCCAAAGAGAGCUUAAAAUAGAUUAACAACAAGAAUGGCACUACAAAACGAUGCCUUACAACCCAUGCUUUCUACUUGUAACUGAGAAUAAAAAAAAAAAAAA